CCAAGAUGGCGGCCCCCGGUGGCGCCGUGAGCGAUUCAGAGAGCAGUAGCAGCAGCGAGGAGGAGGAGCUGGCGCGGUGCCGUGAGGCUGCGAUGCCGGCCUGGGACCUGGAGCAGCACCCGCGGGGAGCAGAGAAACCACGAGCCGAUGCUGCAAAUAACAAGUUGCCAGUCCCCCGACUGAGCCUCAGGCAUAAAGUGGAUGAGCACGAACAAGAUGGCAACGAACUUCAGACCACCCCCGAGUUCCGAGCCCACGUAGCCAAGAAGCUGGGAGCCCUGCUGGACAGCUCCAUUACCAUCUCAGAGGUAGUGAAGGCGCCAAAGACAGCUAAGAAACACAAGGUGGCUCCGGAGGAUGACGGCUUUCGCCUUUUCUUCACAUCCAUCCCUGGAGGCCCCGAAGAGGAAGCUUCUCCCCGCCCCCGCCCAAAGCGCCAGCCCUCCACCUCCAGCAGUGAGGACAGUGAUGAGGAGUGGCAGCGGUGCCGGGAGGCGGCUGUGUCAGCCUCGGACAUUCUGCAGGAGUCAGCCAUCCACGUUCCUGUCAAGGUGGAGACGGAGGCCAAGAAGAAGAAAAGGAGGCUGAGGAGGAAAGCCCAGGAGGGGGCGGGCGCUGGCUCAGCUGCAGCCACCAGCCCCGCCCGCGGGACCUCGGUCCAGACCCAGGAAAGGGAGUCAGGGAGGGCCAAUGGGGACCCGGUAUCACUGGGGACCAAAAAGAAGAAAAGGAAGAAAAAGGCAAAGAAAGCCAGCGAGGCGUCGCCAUUUUCACCAGCAAAGAGCACAGCCGCUGCGCCUGCCCACUGACCAGUCUGUGGGCGCCGUCCCCGGCUUCAGGACAAGGCACCCAAGGGCAGCGGACCGCGAUUCCACCUGAGAGCACCUGGCUGGCAAGCUGCCUCCACCCACAGACCUGACAGUGUUUGGGGCCUGGCCCAGAGUCUGGGCAGAGAAGCCUCAGCAAGGCCUAUCCCCGUGUUUCCACGGAGGGCCGGGGUGGACCUGUGGUUCCAGAACAUUCCAUGGCCUCAGGAAAGAGUCUUCCAGCUCUUCAAGACUAGUGGCCGAGUGUUAAAAGCUGUCAUCUCCCUCUUACCCUCUGAGAUGGGCAAGGUCUCUCUCCCUCCCCGACCUCUUCAGCUUGGUGUAGAAAAUGUCUUUAGAAAAUGAGGGAAGGAGCCCCCAAGGUGCCAAGGCCCAGGGAAACCUCUGUCCUCCUCCCUCUAGCCCACAUAAGCUUGGUAGAACUGCAAAAGAGGAAAGAUUCCACCCCCUUGUGCCAUUCUCCAGAAUUUUCUUUCUCCACAUUUAUGAAUUUAUCAUACACAAUGAUGUCUCCGAGCCAACUAAUUCAUCAAAAAUAAAUUGUCAGUCCGGGCACAGUGGCCCACACCUAUAA